AUGGGCUUCACUUCGACUAUCGUCGCUCUGGCCGCGGCUACCAGUGCGCUCGCUGCACCUACACACUUUGAGGUUCUCAAGCGAGGAAACUUGCCAACUCCUGUCUCUGCAGCGACCGCAAGAUCUUAUUUGAGCUCCAUAACAACUGCUGCCGAAUCGAAUAAUCCGGCAUAUAGCCGUGACUAUUUCAAUCACUGGAUCACUAUCAACGGAAGCUGCAACACUCGCGAGACUGUUCUCAAGCGUGAUGGAUCAGAUGUGCAGCAGGAUGGUGCUUGUGCAGCGACUUCUGGAACCUGGUACUCAUAUUAUGAUGGUGCCACAUGGACGGCGGCUUCGGACGUUGACAUUGAUCACUUGGUGCCACUGAAGGAAGCAUGGAUUUCGGGUGCAAAGGAUUGGACUGCUGCACGUCGCGAACAAUUUGCAAACGACCUAACUCGACCUCAGCUGCUCGCUGUGACCGACGAAGUGAACCAGCAAAAGAGUGAUCGGGAUCUCGCGGAGUGGCUGCCAUCCCGGACGGCGUACCAUUGUACAUACGUCAGAGCCUGGGUCCAAGUCAAGUACUACUAUGGUCUCACGAUGGACAGCGCAGAGAAAUCAGCGGCUUCUGACAUUCUUUCCGGAUGUUAA